AUGAGGUUCACGCCUGUGUUACUGAGAGGAAGAUCGGCUUGGAAGGGACCUCAUGUUGUCCCUUUACCAAUAAAUGAUGCAAUCAAGAAGGGAACUCCCGUAAGGACGAAUGCUAGAAGUUGUACUAUAUUACCCCAAUUUGUCGGAUUAAAGUUUCAAAUACAUAAUGGAAAGGAAUAUGUAGAGGUGGAAAUUAAUGAGGACAUGGUCGGCUCCAAACUUGGAGAGUUUGCUCCGACUAGAAAGAGAUUUCAAUAUAAAUUUUCCAAAAACUAA